AUGAGUCCAGUCGAACGAUGUCUUCAGCGACCCCCGUUACCCGGGAAUAAAGGGAAUGAUGCUGUUAGCCUGGAAGUCCUUAAGCUUCUAAAAGGGGGUGAUGGCCACAACUUGCAAGUAUUCACUGUCCGGCUAAUCGCGUUGAACUCUCAAACACUUCCAAAGGAUGGCACAGAACUUGUUGCAAAGAUAUAUGACCCGCUUUAUUUUGAUGAUGAGGAAGGUUAUCUCAACCCAUUUCUCUGUAUGGACAAACACUACACCCACGAAGCCAAUGCGUAUGAAGCCCUUGCCGAGUUCUAA